ACUCUACUAGCCACACCUUCUUCAUCGAUUGAUCAUUACUCGGGAACCAAAUGCAACGCGUGUGGAAAAGAUAUCGCCGGCUUUUGUUACGCUUGUGCAAAAUGUUCCACUUAUUAUCACACACUAUGCUUAUUAGCAUUACCUCUUUCAAUGGAACUGCCCUCCCAUUGCCAUAAACUGGACUUAGAAUUCUGUCCUCCUUAUGAUUUUAAAUGCGACUUAUGCAAAAAGCCUAGUUAUAAAGGGUGGCUUUACCAUUGCAGCUCUUGCGAAUUUGAUGCUCAUAUUUCAUGUGCUAUUACACAUCAAGGAGCUGAUAUUGAAAAUCAGUGCGAAAGAAAAACAGUAAAAACAGGCGAUAAAUGCCACGAGUUGAUGGAAUUACUAUCAAUAUACAUGAAGGGAUCAGAGGAAAUCAAUGUUCGUCAAGAAAUUAGUUCCCAAGAUCAACUUCAACAUCCAGCCCAACAAACCCCGAGUUACCAAUCCAGCGAUGGAUGUUUUUCCAUCGAUCUUGCUAAGCCUCAGCUGCUACACGAUGAACAGACCGGAUCACACAUGAGAAAAGAAGCAGUACAAAUUCCAGGAACUCAAGAGAAAUCAAACAUUGCCUACAUUACUCUACCAAAAGGGACUCAUUUACCUUCCUCAAAUGAGAUAGGUUCUGAAGUUUGGAUGGAAUUAGGCAAGGAAAUGGAGAAGGCUUAUCAAACCAACGACUCUAACAAAGAACAUUUGAGGAGUUCAUGUUGUCCAGACAUCCUUAAAAGUUUGUUUUGUCUAAAGAGGUGAUCGAAAAGGGUAAAUGCAUCUUAAAUCUAUAACGAUACAAAGUACGAGUUGAAAUUGCAGGAUGAACAACUGUGCCCAAU